UGUGCUCUUCCGAUACACUGAGCCUGAGCUGCUCUACUGCGAUAACUGCUGCCUUUCGUCGUUGUCGUCGUCGUCGUCAUUGUCAUUGUCACAGUCACUGUCGUCGGCGUCGUUGUCGUCGUGUGUUGGCCAACGAUAGCGUCAGUGUGAGCCUUUUGGCAUUGCCUUGGCAUUCUGGUGCGCUGCUUGUUAACCCGGCCAGGCGGCACAUAUACUGCUCCUUAUACCGUGUCUUUUUUUUCCUGUUGUGUGUUGUUUUUUUUUUGCGCCCACUCUGUGCACGUUUUAUUUAUUGUUGUCAACGUGUGUGUGUGUUGUUUUUGUUUUUGUUAUGCUGACAGCAAGUUACCUGUGUCUGUGUGUGUGCGCGGCGUUCAAAUAAAAAAGUCAAACAAGCCCCAGUCAGCAUGUAACUCACCGCCCCAAAAUAUAUCAACAACAACAACAAAACAAGCAAAAUAAAAGAAAUGCAGGAAAAAAUAUAAGGCAAGAGCCAAAAGCUAAACAAAGUGGCAGCUCAGUUAACAAAUAAACCAAACCCAAGUCGAAAAACCGAAGAAGCAGCGAAACGGCAAGGCACGAUACAGUAACAACAACAACAAGAACAAGAAAAGCAACAAAAGUUACAACAACGACAAGUACAUACUAGAAGAAGAAGCGGUAGGAGGGGAGGAAUGCAACAACAAUCACAGCAAGAACAGCCCAGUAACGUGUAUCAUCAUCCGCAGGCAUGUGCCGUUACCCUACCACCUCCACCACCACCAACAACAACAAGAACAAUACCUUGCCCGAUACACGCGCUCAGCGACAACAACAACAAAAGCAACAUCAAUAGCAACAGUAACUGUAACAGUAACAGCAAGAGUAACUAGAGCUCCCAAUUGUCAGAUAUGUACUCGCAUGUUGUUGUUGCUGCUGUGAAAAUAAAGCAAUCGUUAAAGUAAAUACUCUCACAUAAACGAUAAACGCGUCCGCCUAGCGACGUCGUCGUCGCCGUCGCCUGCUGCUCCACUAAAUGCAGUGACAGCGCUGCCAGCGCGUCAAGCUCUCACAUUCUUCCAUUAUUAUUGUUGUUGCUGUCAACGUCAACGUCAGCGUCAGCGUCAUCGCGUAUUAAGUAUUAUGGGCCAAAGCCAUAGCCAAAGCCAAAGCAAACACAGCACUUGAUACAAAAAUAAACAAACAGCAACAGCAACAAAAAAAUCAAUCAAUUAAUCAAUCUGAACAACGUGCCCAUUAUCGCGCCCUCUCUCCAGCAUAUUGUCAUCGCACGCACAUUUAAGCAUUAAACAGGAGGGCUUCCAACAGUUUUUACUCCAGCAUCUGCUCCAGCAUCAGGAUGCACGCCCACACAUCAUCCUCCACUUCAACCUCCUCCUCUUCCGCGGCGUCAACAUCGUUGGCCGUUCAAACAAUGUCAAUUGCACUCCUUGCCUGCGCACUUGCCGUAAUCCAAGGCGUUGGUUGUCAGGCUGAGGCUCAGGCUCAGGUUCAGUUACAGGAUCCGACACCGCCUGCACCUCAGAUUGUCAGCGAGCCGGCGACGAGCGCAGCAGCACCAUUUGGCAGCAAACAGCUCUACAGAUGCCGCCAAAGCUGCUAUCAUCAGUUCGCACGGGAUUGGCAUUACUGCACGGACUUUGCGGAUUGCAGAGACUGCUGGCAAAACUGCCAACAACAAUUGACGCCCUUUGCUCUGCGGGUCCACGCGGCACAACGCCAGGGGGCUUUGGUCCUCACCGACAUCGGCUGGGACGAGACAAUCGCGAAUGCCUCGCGGCAAUGCCUCAUUACCUGGGAGGUUUCGGGCGGCGGCCUGAUGGGCAACCUCCUGACGGACACGGCACGCGCCGAGCUCUCCCUCUGGCCGGACACGGUCUACAACAUACAAGUGACCUGCAAGCACAAGCUAACUGGUUUGAUGCGUCGCUCCGUCAAACUGCAUGUGGAUACGCGUCAAUUGACUGCAACAUAUGCUUCCACUGCCAGAAACAACAGCAGCAACAUCGAUAGCAACAGCAACAGCAACAACAACCCGAUUAAGACAAUCCCCACAACAACACAAACACUGACGACUCAAGCGUCGCCUUUGAAUGCGAUACGAACAAUGCCAACAAUGGCACCCACAACGCCUAGCCCCUCGGAUCGGGUGUACAUCAUUAGUGUCCUGCCGACAGCGACGGGCCAUUUGAGCGGCGUCAUCUAUCCGGCCUUUGGCGCUUUGGCCUUCUUUGUGGCGCUCCUGGUAUUGUUCCUCUUUCUGCGUCCACAGCGUAAGCGUCUCGAUGUCGAUACCGACACAGCUGCUCUGCUCAGCAGCGCUGCUGGAGGUGGAGGUGGUGGUGGUGGUGGCGGUGGCGGUGGCUCCGUGAUGCCCAAUCGACGUCGACUGCUCGGUGCUGUUUUGGACAACAACUCGACGCUUCAUGUCUAA